AUAUUACAAACAUGAGAUCUAAAAGGAUGUAAGUCAUUGAUGAAUUAAAUACCUCAGAGCCAUAUGACCUGAGACUUAUUUCUGUUGUCUGCUCACAAUGAGGCACUUUACAGAAAUAUAACUCUUUAGUUGCUACUUGCACAAUUUCAACUGAAGUUUUAAAUUAGAAAGUGUAAAAGCAAUGAUCCUCACUAUAACACUUCAACGUACAGCAAUAUUGUAACAAAUAUAAAUGCUACAAACUGGUUUGUUAAGAUAAGGUAGUUAAAUAUCAUGAGAGUGGCACUGUUUACCCCCUCUUUAGUCUGUGGUCAUUUGUUUUAAUUUUUACCUAUGUGACUUGGUUGCUAACUAGGAUGUUUUUUAGUACAAAUGAUGCAAACAUCUGUGUUACAUACUACCAGAAAUUCAAAAAGGAAAUAAAAAGAACUCUAUUCUCCAAGGGACUGUGUGACUGGAUCUCUUAAAAACAGAUUCAAAUAAGUAAAACUCAAUCACACUAACUUUAAGUUGUGCUUUAAAAUUUUUUACUAUUUGUCUGAAUCCUGACAAAAUGUAUACUGAGGGUAGCAAAACAUAUUUGUGUAUACAGGUACAGCUACACUUCAUUGAUUCAUUUCUCUAUUUAACAAAUUUUUAUUGAGCAUAUGUUAUGUGCUUAAAACAGGAGAUAAGUAGUAAACAAGAAAAAUGAAGAAGAUAGUGAUGAUGUUGAUAAUGAUAAUAACAGCUAGCCUGUAUUGAGUGCUACCCAUGUGUCAGGUAUUUAUGUCGAUUAAUCCUCACGUAACAAUAUGAGGCAGAUUCUAAUAUCAUUCCACUUUGCAAGUGAGGGAAUAGAUUUAGAGAGCUCUCACAGCUAGGAAAUAAUGCAGCCUGACUCAAACCCUGCAAUUCUGACUCCCAGGGCCAGAUUCCUAACUAACAACAUGCAAAUACAUUCAUUUUCCUCAUGGAGCAUAUGUUCCAGCUACCUGUUUAUUUAACAAAUAUUUAUCAAGUGUCUGCUAUGUGCCAGGCACAGUCCUAGGCCCUGAGUUACAGAGAAAAAGAGUUUGACACGGUCAUUGCUAUCAUGGCUUACACCUUCCAGAGCCUCUAAUAGAGGUUUUGUAAAAAGGGAGAAAGUAUGCACGUAUUAAUGCAAGUACUAGACAUAAUUAAAGUAAUUAAUAACAUUGACAAGAAUUACUAAACUAUUGAAAUAUAAUACAGUUUCUUUAAAAAUACAUACUGUAUAUUCAGAAAGGGUAAUGUUAUUUUUACAUCUUAAAAGGAAUUCAUUUUCAUCUCUGGUUCAAAAUAUAUAUCUUUAAAAAAAAAACUUUUUGCCUGGUGUGAUUCCGUCCUGCGCGGCUGUUCUCUGCAGCAGCGUUCUUUUAUCUCCGUCCGCCUUCUCUCCUACCUAAGUGCGUGCGGCCACCCGAUGGAAGAUUCGAUGGACAUGGACAUGAGCCCCCUGAGGCCCCAGAACUAUCUUUUCGGUUGUGAACUAAAGGCCGACAAAGAUUAUCACUUUAAGGUGGAUAAUGAUGAAAAUGAGCACCAGUUAUCUUUAAGAACGGUCAGUUUAGGGGCUGGUGCAAAGGAUGAAUUGCACAUUGUUGAAGCAGAGGCAAUGAAUUACGAAGGCAGUCCAAUUAAAGUAACACUGGCAACUUUGAAAAUGUCUGUACAGCCAACGGUUUCCCUUGGGGGCUUUGAAAUAACACCACCAGUGGUCUUAAGGUUGAAGUGUGGUUCAGGGCCAGUGCAUAUUAGUGGACAGCACUUAGUAGCUGUGGAGGAAGAUGCAGAGUCAGAAGAUGAAGAGGAGGAGGAUGUGAAACUCUUAAGUGUAUCUGGAAAGCGGUCUGCCCCUGGAGGUGGUAGCAAGUUUCCACAGAAAAAAGUAAAACUUGCUGCUGAUGAAGAUGAUGACAAUGAUGAUGAAGAGGAUGAUGAUGAUGAUGAUUUUGAUGAUGAGGAAGCUGAAGAAAAAGCGCCAGUGAAGAAAUCUAUACGAGAUACUCCAGCCAAAAAUGCACAAAAGUCAAAUCCGAAUGGAAAAGACUCAAAACCAUCAACACCAAGAUCAAAAGGACAAGAAUCCUUCAAAAAACAGGAAAAAACUCCGAAAACACCAAAAGGACCUAGUUCUGUAGAAGACAUUAAAGCAAAAAUGCAAGCAAGUAUAGAAAAAGGUGGUUCUCUUCCCAAAGUGGAAGCCAAAUUCAUCAAUUAUGUGAAGAAUUGCUUCCGGAUGACUGACCAAGAGGCUAUUCAAGAUCUCUGGCAGUGGAGGAAGUCUCUUUAAGAAAAUAGUUUAAACAAUUUGUUAAAAAUUUUCCGUCUUAUUUCAUUUCUGUUAACAGUUGAUAUCUGGCUGUCCUUUUUAUAAUGCAGAGUGAGAACUUUCCCUACCGUGUUUGAUAAAUGUUGUCCAGGUUCUAUUGCCAAGAAUGUGUUGUCCAAAAUGCCUGUUUAGUUUUUAAAGAUCAACUCCACCCUUUGCUUGGUUUUAAGUAUGUAUGGAAUGUUAUGAUAGGACAUAGUAGUAGCGGUGGUCAGACAUGGAAAUGGUGGGGAGACAAAAAUAUACAUGUGAAAUAAAACUCAGUAUUUUAAUAAAGUAAAAAAAAAAAAAACUUUUUGCCUAAUCAAAAUUUAUUCAAGAGCUGUUCCUUUCUUUCAGU